AGCAUCGGGCUCGAUUGGGUUCAGUUGGCAACGCAGCCGUUAACAGCAAACAGUGCAGGGAUCAGUACUCACAGGGCUUAUGUGGAAAACGUGGCCGGUGACCUCCUGAGACAUCAAGGAUACAACACCAACCCGAUCAUAGUAGGCGAGGAUAACAGAAAGUGACAACUACGCUUUGGUUACUUGGAUUGACUCGGAGAAAGUGUUUGUGAUAGUUAGAAUAUAUUAAGUAGAUCACGUAAGAUCCAGUGCACAGUGAAAAGUUGCGGAAAGCGGAGGGCUUCAAAAUGCGUCAGUGCCAUUCAUCGGUCAUCGUUAUUGGUGUGAUAACGAUAGCGGUUCUAAUCAAUUCAGUGAACAGUGCGCUACCCAGCAAAUUGAAGGUAUGCUCGCGGAACGAUCCCAAAAUCGACCAGUGCAUUAUGGACGCGGUGAAUCACAUCCGGCCAAACCUGGCGUCCGGCGAUUUCGGAGAGGAUUUCAGCAUCCCGAAGAUCGAGCCGCUGUACAUCGAGCAGAUGAAGAUGCAACGGGGCCAGGACUUUCAGGCUGUGUUCAGCAAACUCAACGUGUACGGGUGCAGUUCGUUCAAGUUCGAACGGUUACAAUCCAAACCAAUGAACUUGUCCUUCGACAUUACGGUGGGCAUACCGAAGUUGAAUUUUACUGGAAAAUACUCGCUCAAGAUGAAACUGCUGCUGCUGAAUUUGCAAGGAAAGGGUGAUCUCAAGGGAUCGCUGACAAACACCCGACUGGCAGUUCGCAUCCGAGGUUUCACGGAGAAAAUCGACGGCAAGGAGUACGUCCGCUUCCACCGGUUGGGCCUUCGGCUGAAGGUCGAAAGUGGCAACUUCCAGCUGGACAACCUGUUCAACGGGGAUCCCGUGCUGGGGCAGGUCGGCAAUCAGGUGAUCAAUGAUAAUUCGCGCGUUUUCCUGGACGAACUCAUCCCUGGACUGGAGAAGAACCUGGGUAGGAUUUUUACGGAAAUUGUCAACAACCUGCUGAAGACGGCUACCAUCGACGAUAUGUUUCCCGAGAAAGUCUAGCACCGAGGGGGACGAGGGGGUUUUGUUCCGGAGGGUUUGGGAGUGCCUCGCACUGGCGAGCAUGAUUGUGAUUUAUAUAGUAGUCAUUUAUGUACAAAUAAAGAAGUGAGCCUUUUUCAGUCUCUAUUUGAGUACGAAGAUUUCAAA